AUGCUCUCUGUCAGAGGUCAUACUUCUUUUACAACACCACUCAGCCUGGCGGCCCGUUUGCAGAAUUUUCAAAUUGUCAAGCUUUUUCUUGAACACGGAUUCACCAUUGAGGAUCCCAAAACCAUGCGAAUGUCGACGGAAUUUACUGAUGUCUCAAGCGAGAAGCUCCAUAGUACAGUACACCGUUUAAAUGAAUACCGCGCACUGGCCAGCCCUGUGUUUAUUGCGGCGUCUUUUCUACAAAACGUGCGGAGUGGUCCUGACCCAGUUAUUCGAGCUUGUGCCCUGAGCAAGGAAUUCCGUGAAAUAUCCGAGCAAGAAUACGAAUUUAGGAAGGAGUAUCUUACGCUUUGUAAUGACUGUGAAGAGUUUACUGUGUCGCUUCUGAAGGAAUGCUGCACACAGGAAGAGAUCAGAUGCGUUAUGGAAGCGAAGAGCGAAGGAAAAACGUUUUCUACGCUGGAGACAGAUUCUCUUAACAUUCUGGAGUUUGCUGCUCUUGCCAAAACGAAAAAGGUCUAUUCAAGAUUAUUUUUAAUGAUAAGGUCAUCUUUCAUUCAUUCAUUCAUUGAUUUUAUUUUGCCUUUAACAAGAAAUACAACAACAGUAUACAGAAAUACAUUAAAGAUAAUAUACAAUAUUCUAACUAAAUUAUUUAAAAGAUCAAAUGUGGUAAAGGCAAGGAAGCCUAUAUAGAAGCCGGGGGCUUGUAAACUAUAGGCUUCCUGGAACUAUAGGGUAAACCAUACAAGUUAAGGGUACUGAAUGAAAAUUUCGAUUAAUUUUUUAAAGAAAAAAAAAAGAAGAAAGAAAGAAGAGAAAAAAUAAAAAUAAAAGGUGUGUAGCUCAACAAAGAUUCAAUUUAACUAAGAAAGAAGGAAUUUUUUAAGUCUUAAGAAGGAAUUUUUUAAGUCUUUUUUUUAUUUUUCAAAUCAAAUAAGAUGUGCGUUGUAACGGCUACGAUCCGCAUUCAAGCCCGUCUGGGUGAAGGCUUUGAAGAGAUUUUGAUGCAAUUUCCUAAAGUUUGCUUUAAGAAGUUUAGUUUAGCAUCUCUGGGUACUAACGGUUAAUAUUUCCUUUUAGUUUGUCGCCCAUCCUUACAGUCUGCUGGUACUAAAUUCGGAAGUUUAUAAAAACGCCUCUUUCUUGGAGGUGAAAGGUGUUUGGAAAAAGUCAGUGUUACUACUCGUGGCGGCCUUGCUGUGCCCAUUGGCUUUAGUGGUUUGGUUUGUUUUUGAAGGCCUUUUCCCCAAACAUAAAGUGACCAGCAUCUUUCGCUCUCCUUUUGUGAGGUUUCUCAUCUACGCCGGGUCCUAUCAGACAUUUCUAUAUCUGCUUGCAGUCACAUCAAGUACCAGUCAUUUUCUGGGAGGCUUCUCGUUUAGUGGUAAGAGAUAUCGAUGAAAAGAAAUUUAUCACUGUUAAUACAGUAAGUUAAGACUGCUUUAUCGAGGGGCAAGCUAAAUGAUUCAUCUUGUAUUCCUCUCACAGAUUUGUAUGUCAGAAUAUUUGUCAUUGGUCUACUGGUAGACCUCAUAAAAGACGUGCUUCAGAAUGGAAGAUCCCGCUUUUUUUCAUACCACUGGAACUAUCUGGCUUCGACAAUGGUGGUGUCUUUCGUCCUUGGCGACGUAAUUUGGUUGAUUGGAAGGGUAACUCUUCCAAGCGGAUCCCAGUCUCUGACGCUAGAAGACCAUGCUGUGUUGCGAUCUUAUACGAUCAUGCUGUCUGCCGAAAGCUUUUUAUCCUUGGGAAUUCUCCAGGCAUUUGCCCUAAAUUUGUAAUUUUUGAGUCAGGAAAACGCCAGUAUUGGUCCUUUGCUAAAUGCAUUUAUACAGAUGCUUAUCGAUGCAGCAAAGUUCUUUUUUUAUUUUGGUUUCGUUUUUCUGGCAUUUGCUGUGAGUUUCACAAAGCUUUACUCGCAGUAUAACGCGGCCAAAGAGUACUUCGCACCGGGGACGGAGGAGAAGAUUUCGCUAGCGCUGGAAAGGUAAGUAUAAAAGAUUUAUCUUAAGCAAUUAUAGAGUACUUAAGUGCGACGUCAUAAAAAUGAAAUCUCUGAAAUUAUGGGAUUUGUCAGGAUAUUCUGAAAGAACAAUGUCCAAGAGGCCUGCUUGCCAAAAAUGAGCAUUUCGGGGCAAAUAGUCUCUGAGAUCGUAGCCCAGUUAUGCUUAGAAAACUCCACACAAACCCUUCUAAAUUUUUUUGGGUCGACCCCCAAAAAGUAGAAGGGUUUGUAUGGAGUUUUCUGAGUAUAACCGGCUAACAUCUCAGAGGACAGAGACAAUUUGCCCCGAAAUGCUCAUUUUUGGUAAGUAGGCCUCUUGGACAUUGUUCUUUGAGAAUAUCCUGACAAAUCCCUUAAUUUCAGAAAUUUCAUUUUUAUGACCUCAUCACUUUAGUACUCUAUAGCGGAGCUCCACAGCUACCCAUCCCAGAAAAUUUGGUAAUCACGUGACCGUACACCGCCCGUCCGUCCGCACCACAGGGAACCAAUGUUCAAUCUCAUACUUUCUAGCUAGUUUGGGAGCGCAGGAAAACUGAUAAUGCACACAUUUUGGACAUCAACGAUGUGAUCAAUUGACAGCUAUCGAAACAGGGUAUCCGCUGACUAGUAUCACUUGACCGAAUCGCGGGCUCAGGUGCUGACCCAUUAAAGUUAUCCGCUGACAAGUUAGUAGUUUUCAAGCGAUCGCAGGCUCAAGUAUAUAUUUUUUAAUUCAUAUGAAAUAUGUUGUGUUUACGUGCCGCACAAUUAAAAUUUUGAUUUCAAACUGACCUCGGAUGCGAAAAUUCAGCCAGCUAUGCAAGGAAGACAGUUGCUUUUAACCAUCCGUCCGCACCAUAGGACAACCCAUGCGUACUUUCACACUUUCUAACCACUUUGGGAGCCCAGGAGAAAACUGAUUGCUCAUCAAUGUUGUGAUCAAUCAUGGAUAAUAUCCAUGGAUCAAUUGACAUCUGUCAAAACAAGGUAUCCGCUGGCUGGCCACCUGACCGUAUCGCGGGCUCAGGUGUCGACCCGUCGAGGUCGAGUACUUUUUUGAAGUUAUCCGCUGACAAGUUACUAGUUUUCAAAUGAUCGCAGGCUCAAGUUUAUUUUUUCAAAAAGUCAUAUGAAAUAUGUUGUGUUUCUGUCACUAUGGCCCCGCACUAUUAAGAUUUUGAUUUCAAACUAACCUUGGACGCGAAAAUUCAGCCAGUUAUUUGGAAAUACAGGCGGGGAAGACCUUUUCUUGCCAAGGUCACGCGUUGGUCACGCUCUACGUCCAAUUUUUAUGCUCUGAUUGGUCAAAAUUUGACAGGUGAGUUCAUGCGGAAAAUUUGUGCAGCAUCUUGAAUCUUGUUUACUUUGACUGCUGAAGCUGGCAGAGUUUUGUGUCAACUUGUGAUUUUUUUAACUGUCUUUUUCUACUGGAUGUACAAAAAUGAAAUACAGCUGCUAUCAAGAGUAUUCUGUUAUUCGUGGCUAGUUUGUUCAUUGGUUUUUUGGUUGAGAGAUGCGUCGAUUGUCAAAGUCGGAAAUCCGAUUUCGGAUGGCAUUGUUUCCGUUUUUCACCUUGCUUGAAAACUCUGAAGCGAUACUGGCCUUACUUGAUACCUUUCAGGAGCUGCAUCUCGAAUGGUAAGCAUGAGUAAUUAUUGUAUUUGAUUUUUGUUUUUUUAUAUCUAAUUUAAUGAAGUCGAGCGUAGUUUAUGCACGUUUGUAAGAUUUGAGACAAUGAUCUGACCGAGCAUCAGGUUUGAUAUAUUACUUACAGAACUUUAAAAAGUCUUUGGACAUUUUCUCACCGCAAAUAGAAAGAAAACGUUCCAAAGAAUAUUUAGUUAUAAUCCUAGCUGUAAAAGAAAGCUUUGGGCGAUUUUCUUGCCUCGAGUUCAUCUUUAAAAAUAGCAAACACCGGGAAGCCGGCUUUUAAGCUUAAGCUUGAAGACUCAGGAUUCUUAGAGACACUUUAAUACUUGUCUUCGGGAAUGAAAAUUGUUGUCUCUGUAUAUGUUUCACCGAAUUAUAUUUCUUUUAUUGAUUGUUAGUAGUCUCUAUUGUAAUUUUAAUCGCUGUGCCGUUUGUUUUCAGUCGUUCAGUGUUAACAUCGCUUUCACGAGUACUCAAACUGCCGCGCGCAUCAAACGCUUUUGAAGAUUACACAUCGAUAAAAUAAACAAAAAUAUAAACAUAAUAAAUUCUUUAUUGUGUUGUGGCGAAACUCUAUCAAUGUUCAUUCAAACAGUCGACCACAGCUCAUGAGCUGCAAAAGUGAGAACCGGCUGGCCGUGUAGGUGAUUUUGGAAAUUAUUUUAACGGUUUAGCUAAAAGUCCAGGCGUGCUUCGAUCGUCCUGAAUAUUGAAUGAGUGUAAUUUGUAUCGCAAAAUUGUGAAAUACUGCUUUCUGUCAGAGGUCUGUAUGAUAAAAACAGUGCCUCAUAGCACUGUUUCAUCUCCGAUGUGAUGUACAAAUGGUAAAAAGGUUGGUUUUCACUCAGCCAGAUUUGUUGGCAAGAUUCUGUAAAGUAAACUUGUCGAACGCAAAGAAUUCGGCCUGAUUUUUUUUCCAGGCCUAAUUAUAAUCUACGUUGAUCAAGAGCCUGCCCAUUAUGGCUCUUAAAUGUGAUCGAACCUCUUUCUUGGAGGUGAAAGGUGUUUGGAAAAAGUCAGUGUUACUACUCGUGGCGGCCUUGCUGUGCCCAUUGGCUUUAGUGGUUUGGUUUGUUUUUGAAGGCCUUUUCCCCAAACAUAAAGUGACCAGCAUCUUUCGCUCUCCUUUUGUGAGGUUUCUCAUCUACGCCGGGUCCUAUCAGACAUUUCUAUAUCUGCUUGCAGUCACAUCAAGUACCAGUCAUUUUCUGGGAGGCUUCUCGUUAAGUGGUAAGAAAUAUCGAUGAAAAGAAAUUUAUCACUGUUAAUACACUAAGCUAAGACUGCUUUAUCGAGGGGCAAGCUAAAUGAUUCAUCUUGUAUUCCUCUCACAGAUUUGUAUGUCAGAAUAUUUGUCAUUGGUCUACUGGUAGACCUCAUAAAAGACGUGCUUCAGAAUGGAAGAUCCCGCUUUUUUUCAUACCACUGGAACUAUCUGGCUUCGACAAUGGUGGUGUCUUUCGUCCUUGGCGACGUAAUUUGGUUGAUUGGAAGGGUAACUCUUCCAAGCGGAUCCCAGUCUCUGACGCUAGAAGACCAUGCUGUGUUGCGAUCUUAUACGAUCAUGCUGUCUGCCGAAAGCUUUUUAUCCUUGGGAAUUCUCCAGGCAUUUGCCCUAAAUUUGUAAUUUUUGAGUCAGGAAAACGCCAGUAUUGGUCCUUUGCUAAAUGCAUUUAUACAGAUGCUUAUCGAUGCAGCAAAGUUCUUUUUUUAUUUUGGUUUCGUUUUUCUGGCAUUUGCUGUGAGUUUCACAAAGCUUUACUCGCAAUAUAACGCGGCCAAAGAGUACUUCGCACCGGGGACGGAGGAGAAGAUUUCGCUAGAGCUGGAAAGGUAAGUAUAAAAGAUUUAUCUUAAGCAAUUAUAGAGUACUUAAGUGCGACGUCAUAAAAAUGAAAUCUCUGAAAUUAUGGGAUUUGUCAGGAUAUUCUGAAAGAACAAUGUCCAAGAGGCCUGCUUGCCAAAAAUGAGCAUUUCGGGGCAAAUAGUCUCUGAGAUCGUAGCCCAGUUAUGCUUAGAAAACUCCACACAAACCCUUCUAAAUUUUUUUGGGUCGACCCCCAAAAAGUAGAAGGGUUUGUAUGGAGUUUUCUGAGUAUAACCGGCUAACAUCUCAGAGGACAGAGACAAUUUGCCCCGAAAUGCUCAUUUUUGGUAAGUAGGCCUCUUGGACAUUGUUCUUUGAGAAUAUCCUGACAAAUCCCUUAAUUUCAGAAAUUUCAUUUUUAUGACCUCAUCACUUUAGUACUCUAUAGCGGAGCUCCACAGCUACCCAUCCCAGAAAAUUUGGUAAUCACGUGACCGUACACCGCCCGUCCGUCCGCACCACAGGGAACCAAUGUUCAAUCUCAUACUUUCUAGCUAGUUUGGGAGCGCAGGAAAACUGAUAAUGCACACAUUUUGGACAUCAACGAUGUGAUCAAUUGACAGCUAUUAUCGAAACAGGGUAUCCGCUGACUAGUAUCACUUGACCGAAUCGCGGGCUCAGGUGUUGACCCAUUAAAGUUACCGCUGACAAGUUACUAGUUUUCAAGCGAUCGCAGGCUCAAGUAUAUAUUUUUUAAUUCAUAUGAAAUAUGUUGUGUUUACGUGCCGCACAAUUAAAAUUUUGAUUUCAAACUGACCUCGGAUGCGAAAAUUCAGCCAGCUAUGCAAGGAAGACAGUUGCUUUUAACCAUCCGUCCGCACCAUAGGACAACCCAUGCGUACUUUCACACUUUCUAACCACUUUGGGAGCCCAGGAGAAAACUGAUUGCUCAUCAAUGUUGUGAUCAAUCAUGGAUAAUAUCCAUGGAUCAAUUGACAUCUGUCAAAACAAGGUAUCCGCUGGCUGGCCACCUGACCGUAUCGCGGGCUCAGGUGUCGACCCGUCGAGGUCGAGUACUUUUUUGAAGUUAUCCGCUGACAAGUUACUAGUUUCAAAUGAUCGCAGGCUCAAGUUUAUUUUUUCAAAAAGUCAUAUGAAAUAUGUUGUGUUUCUGUCAUUAUGGCCCCGCACUAUUAAGAUUUUGAUUUCAAACUAACCUUGGACGCGAAAAUUCAGCCAGUUAUUUGGAAAUACAGGCGGGGAAGACUUUUUCUUGCCAAGGUCACACGUUGGUCACGCUCUACGUCCAAUUUUUAUGCUCUGAUUGGUCAAAAUUUGACAGGUGAGUUCAUGCGGAAAAUUUAUGCAGCAUCUUGAAUCUUGUUUACUUUGACUGCUGAAGCUGGCAGAGUUUUGUGUCAACUUGUGAUUUUUUUAACUGUCUUUUUCUACUGGAUGUACAAAAAUGAAAUACAGCUGCUAUCAAGAGUAUUCUGUUAUUCGUGGCUAGUUUGUUCAUUGGUUUUUUGGUUGAGAGAUGCGUCGAUUGUCAAAGUCGGAAAUCCGAUUUCGGAUGGCAUUGUUUCCGUUUUUCACCUUGCUUGAAAACUCUGAAGCGAUACUGGCCUUACUUGAUACCUUUCAGGAGCUGCAUCUCGAAUGGUAAGCAUGAGUAAUUAUUGUAUUUGAUGUUUGUUUUUUUAUAUCUAAUUUAAUGAAGUCGAGCGUAGUUUAUGCACGUUUGUAAGAUUUGAGACAAUGAUCUGACCGAGCAUCAGGUUUGAUAUAAGCUUACAGAACUUUAAAAAGUCUUUGGACAUUUUCUCACCGCAAAUAGAAAGAAAACGUUUCAAAGAAUAUUUAGUUAUAAUCCUAGCUGUAAAAGAAAGCUUUGGGCGAUUUUCUUGCCUCGAGUUCAUCUUUAAAAAUAGCAAACACCGGGAAGCCGGCUUUUAAGCUUAAGCUUGAAGACUCAGGAUUCUUAGAGACACUUUAAUACUUGUCUUCGGGAAUGAAAAUUGUUGUCUCUGUAUAUGUUUCACCGAAUUAUAUUUCUUUUAUUGAUUGUUAGUAGUCUCUAUUGUAAUUUUAAUCGCUGUGCCGUUUGUUUUCAGUCGUUCAGUGUUAACAUCGCUUUCACGAGUACUCAAACUGCCGCGCGCAUCAAACGCUUUUGAAGAUUACACAUCGAUAAAAUAAACAAAAAUAUAAACAUAAUAAAUUCUUUAUUGUGUUGUGGCGAAACUCUAUCAAUGUUCAUUCAAACAGUCGACCACAGCUCAUGAGCUGCAAAAGUGAGAACCGGCUGGCCGUGUAGGUGAUUUUGGAAAUUAUUUUAACGGUUUAGCUAAAAGUCCAGGCGUGCUUCGAUCGUCCUGAAUAUUGAAUGAGUGUAAUUUGUAUCGCAAAAUUGUGAAAUACUGCUUUCUGUCAGAGGUCUGUAUGAUAAAAACAGUGCCUCAUAGCACUGUUUCAUCUCCGAUGUGAUGUACAAAUGGUAAAAAGGUUGGUUUUCACUCAGCCAGAUUUGUUGGCAAGAUUCUGUAAAGUAAACUUGUCGAACGCAAAGAAUUCGGCCUGAUUUUUUUUCCAGGCCUAAUUAUAAUCUACGUUGAUCAAGAGCCUGCCCAUUAUGGCUCUUAAAUGUGAUCGAUGAUGGUUGCUAUUUUUUGGGUGUACAUAUGAGGCUGUAAACUUGAUGUAAGAUUUGGUUCACUCUUGGCGGUUCUUUGCAAAGUAUUUUUCUCUAAAAUCACUUAGCCUUUCCUUCAAAAGUCACAUGAAUGUGCUGUAAAGCUAUCUGAAUUUGGAAUACAAGUUUAUUGUUUGAUUUAAAUUAUAAAUUUAUUAAUGGGAGCUUCGCUUUUAGCCCUGGCUAAAUCUAUAUAUUAAUCUAGAAUACUUCAUAGCAACUGUGUACAUGUGCGUGCGGUUUUCAGGUACGCGUCGUUCAGAGGCGUAUCACCGAUCGACAUUGUAGCGGAGCUCUCUCGCGAGCAAAGCGCGCAACGGAGCACCAUGGGUGAGAAAAUUUGGUUAUCUAACCAUCCGAGAAAUUUUGGUAACACGUCACCGAACGCCCACCCGCCCGACCUACCGUCCGCCCCACAGGUGUACGAAUGUAAAAUAACUCAAUCAACAAGUAUGGCAACCCAAAUGCAACUCGAGGUUAUUUUGGCGGGAAAUCGCAUAGCCACCCGCGUCUUGUAAAGCAGAGACAACUAAUAAAGAGUUAAUAAAGAUGAAAAAAGAAAGCGGAAAUUGUUUCUGUAUCCGUGUUGUCCAAAGUAUUAAGCUUAGAUUAAUUGUCAUGCCCACAAAUUUUGAAUAUAGAGCAAGAGAAAGACAGAGAAAAAGAGAAAGUAGGCGACAGGCCAGCGAAGCUCAACGAGAAAAAAGCGACAGAGAUCUAGAGCGGCAGAUAAAACUAAAGGAGAAUUUUUUUUUUUCUUGGAAGAACAACAUGAAAAUUUUCAAUGUAGCGGCGGUGAGAAAAUGAGAAAUGCUAGCGGCCACCGAUGCAAGGUGAAAAUGAACGGCAGCGAAAAAAAGAGAACGAGAACACGUACAACAUUUCCUUCAUAAAACGUGUAACUAGGAAGUUUCUGUAAGUUUCACGUUGUAGUAGUGCAAAACAACGGCAAAGAAAUGUACAAAAAGAGUGUGCUGCACGUGAAAGUUGACUUGUUGUUGUUUUUUCACCGUUCUCCGGCGUUGCCUUCGCCGCUUAGCAUUACACGAUUUACUAUUUGUUUGGACAAACUCUAAAUAUUAUCGAGAGCUUCGCUUUUAGCUCUGGCUAAAUCUGUAUAUUAAUAUGAACAACGAAUAUGUAAAUACGUACAAAGCAUUUUCCAUGUGGCUUUAUCUUACUGGAAUUUUCCGUUGCACAUCAUAAAAGGUCAUUGCCCAGUUUUAUGUCAAAUCUCUCUGAGUCAAAAAUUAUUCGCAAAAAAUAGGUAACCGGAAUUUUAAUGAGUGAGUUUUUUUCUUCAUUUUCGGAAAUAAAUGCAAAAUGAGUGACAAUUUGCGAAAGAGUAAAUACGACAGGUUUAAAUCAGAAGACAGGAAAAUGGUGCUAAAGUAUAAUAUUACUUCUUGCUAUGGUUUUCCCUUUGUAAUGUUGUUUUGUAGGCUCUCUACAAUUUCCUUCUGUGACAAUGAGAGAGGAAAAGAGCUAUAUACCAUUUUUUGGGACUAUUGAUCACUUUUUUUCAUUUUAAUGUUCUUGUCGAUUAUGCAAACUGCUUCAUUUUUUCGCCAGGAAACAAUUUUAAAGGCUCCCGAUUUGUUUUGUAAACAAUGCCGCAUAAUAUAAAGCGUUUUAUAGCUUUCUGAUUAGCUGUGUAAUUUAUGGCAAAGGAAAAGUUAAUCAUAAUCGUUUGUUAUUAUUUCAGGUUAGACAUCAGUGCAAAUGUGAUCUUCUGGUCGCUUUUUGGUCAAGUUGAACGUAAAGGAUUUUUGAUUGCAGAGGCAGGUUACGAGACCAUCUGGUGGACGGGCUUGACGCUGUUUGGGGUGUUCAAUAUUGUAGCCGUUCUUGUCGCUGUUAACAUGCUGAUUGCAAUACUCAAUGAAUCCUAUACGCGGAUUUCGGUAAGCAAAAAGCCGUUCUCGCGUUCUUGCAUAGCCUGCUAAACAGACGUUCUUUGGAUCAUCACGCAAUGCUCCUCGUUCUCAGCAGCCGUUUUUUCGGAAGGAGCGUUGCGUGACGACCCAAAGAACGGCAGUGUAUGGGCUAGUUCUUGCACCAACGACAAUGAGAAAACAAUACAUUCUGUUUAGGACAGCUAAUUCACGAACAGUUGAACCUCGAUAUAAUGAACCUCUAUAUAACGAACGAUGUUCGACGCCUCAGUAAUAGUAAGGUAUAUGGAAAAGAACCUCCAUACAACGAAACCUCGUUAUAUCAACAUAUUUUUCCAGUCCCUUGGCCAUUCGUUAUGUGGAGGGUGCACUGUAUAGCCUGUGUAAAAUACCCCACUCCCAGAAAAAAAUAAUUUUUGAGGGGAGGGGGCCCAUAACCACAGGUUACUUCAUGUAGAGAGGUGACAUAUAUCUCAGCCUGCAAAAAGUCAAUGUAAAGUUUUCAUUAUGGUCCUCAAAUUUGAAACUCUGAAAGUUGAUUCCUUGGGUUACUGUAUGUCUAGUAACAACUGACUGUUUUCUUUUUUUUUGCGAUUUUAAGAAAGUACAAUUAUAGACUUUUCUUUACUUGCGCGUGCGUUAUUCACCACCUGAUUCGCAAAUGAAUGAUGAUGCAAUCGAGUUAAUACCCGCCAUCCAAUAAUAAAUUAUCGACUGGUCAGCGAAUCACUUCAAAAUGCGUGACCGCGAUGGGUUGUUCAACUUAUAAUCCUCCUCCCUACGUGCAAUACUUGACCUGGCUACACUUGAGCAAAGAUUACUCUGACUAAAGAAUUUUUUUUUUAGAUGACCUUCAGGAAAACUUGGACACUGAAUGGAAGUUUACGAGGACAAAGAUGUGGUUAAACUGGAUUUACAAGAAAAGCGUUCUUCCGCCACCGUUUAGCAUCUUGUAUGUGCUGCUUCCAGUCGGCUGGAUUAUUGAACGUCUCUUUAAAGCCUUUUGCCCCGAACCCAUCUUGGUUAGUUAAAAAUAUAUUGGUAGUAUUUAUCCAAAAUAUUUCUUCUUUUCUGAUUGCCUAAAAUCCCACGCAUAAUUCAUCAUAACCAGCUAUUGUAGACCAAAAUUGGAAGAAUUUUGCGAUAUAUGAAAAAUGACGUCAAGUGUGCAGCAAUGAACAGUUAGCCGAAAAGACCUGGGGACAAGGUUGAGAUGCUUUGGUAGUGGAUACAAAAUGGCGGAACAUUUCACUCGUUUCACGAGGAAGAUAGGCGAACUAUUGGCUAAAAACAUAGCAAGAAUAGCAGUUACAGUUAAAUGGGCUGAGAGAAAUGUUACUUGCUAUUUUUUGUAGAGCUAAAACGUUUCUUUACUUGAUAGGUGGGUUGACUAUAUGAGAGAUUAUUAAUAAGGACAGGCGGGUCACCCCACCUAAGCGGGUUACCUCACCUAUCUGGGGUCCCCCGACUGUCUCCAUGUAAACAGCCUCUAAGUUUUAUUAUCAUUUCAUUUAUCAACAAAACGUCAUUGAAAGAGUUUCAAAGGGGUUACAGNAAAAUCCCACGCAUAAUUCAUCAUAACCAGCUAUUGUAGACCAAAAUUGGAAGAAUUUUGCGAUAUAUGAAAAAUGACGUCAAGUGUGCAGCAAUGAACAGUUAGCCGAAAAGACCUGGGGACAAGGUUGAGAUGCUUUGGUAGUGGAUACAAAAUGGCGGAACAUUUCACUCGUUUCACGAGGAAGAUAGGCGAACUAUUGGCUAAAAACAUAGCAAGAAUAGCAGUUACAGUUAAAUGGGCUGAGAGAAAUGUUACUUGCUAUUUUUUGUAGAGCUAAAACGUUUCUUUACUUGAUAGGUGGGUUGACUAUAUGAGAGAUUAUUAAUAAGGACAGGCGGGUCACCCCACCUAAGCGGGUUACCUCACCUAUCUGGGGUCCCCCGACUGCCUCCAUGUAAACAGCCUCUAAGUUUCAUUAUCAUUUCAUUUAUCUACAAAACGUCAUUGAAAGAGUUUCAAAGGUGUUACAGCAAAGAAGAACUCAAUCCACAUAUUUCACUACAGCUUGGAAUUACAUCAAUAAAAACUACCUACAUGUAAAAUGUUAACUUUACUUAUUACAGUAUCUCGUUUGUGAAACAAUUUGAUUUUCUCCGCGUUUAGGAUUCUCUUGAAAAGCUGAUUAAGAGGAGGCCUAAAACUAGGACAACCUCGAGAGUUAAAAGAAUUGGUGAACAGAAGGUAAACAGUCUUUUGUUUUUCUAUUUAAACGAAUAAUCGAAUAACAUUAUUAAACAGCGUCUCAUUUCUGAACAGUUACGUUGACACUUAAGCUUGCAAAUGACACUGUAAUUUAAUAGACACAGUUAACUUUUCUAACAGUUUUACUCUCAAUUACAAGUUUUAACGGUUGACUUUUGUCAGUGCUACCACAACCAGUUUGUUUUUCCUCAGAGACGAAAGGUGCUUCGUCAACUUGUCUUGAGGUACCUGGCCAGGAGAUCUUAG